GUGAGGGCAUGGGUGUGUUGGCAGUCUGACUUCAUUCAUUUAACAAAUGUGUUUUCUAAGGUCUUCUCUGUGAUAGGCACUAAGGUCAGCACUAAAAUAGGGGCUCCACCUUCUGAGACUGUAUAAAUGAGUUAAAUAAACAAGCCAGAAAAUAAUACGUAGUGCAACUAGGAAAUCUCAGAGGGUUGUGGGAGCUCAGGUUAGACCCUUAACCUGGCCUGAGGCAUUCAUUGCUAGGCUUUCUGAAAGUGUAUUCCAGCCUAGAGAGUGUAAAAUGUUCAGCGCAGUGGACAGAGGUUCUGGAAGUCCACUUGGUUAGAUCAUGGUGGGGCAGGAACUUUAGCUUAAAGUUGCUCCUGAGAGCACCUGUGAGAUUCGGAAAGACGCGACCCACGGAAACCCCCCUCAUUGGUACUACUUGGUCAGGAGCACACAUUUAUGAGUCCCUUAGGGAGUUGGAGCAGGGUCUCCACAGCGCCUCCCAGCGUUUCGGAACAACCCUCCAAUCUGGAGAGCGCCAGGCAACCAGUUCUGCUGGGGGCGUGCUCGUCAGCGCUGCCUGUGCCCGCCCCGGAAGUGACGUGAUGCCCCGCUGGCCGGGCGGAAGUGGAGAUGGCGGAGCGGUACGUGAAGCCGGGCAACAAGGAGCGCGGCUGGAACGAUCCGCCGCAAUUCUCAUACGGGCUGCAGACCCAGGCUGGCGGACCCAAGCGGACGCCGCUCACCAAGAGGGUUGCCCCUCCCCAGGAUGGAUUGCCCAGAGUCCCCACGUCAGAGAUGUCACCUGGGGCCCCCGCAGUGGGGCAUCUGCCUCCUUCAAGUAAAGCUUCCAGGCCUCCACUUGGAGGGAGUUGUCCUCCCUCCAGCAUGGAGCCCACACAGUGCUCCGUCGUUGAGUCGGAGAUUCUGCUGGAAGAUGUACUGAGCCCUCUGGAACGAGCAUUGGAGGACUGCCGUGGCCACACAAAGAAGCAAGUAUGUGAUGACAUAAACCGACGCCUGGCUUUGCUGCAGGAACAGUGGGCUGGGGGGAAGCUGUCCAUGCCUGUGAAGAAGAGGAUGGCUCUGCUGGUACAAGAGCUUUCAAGCCACCAGUGGGACGCAGCAGAUGACAUCCACCGCUCGCUCAUGGUUGACCAUGUGACCGAGGUCAGUCAGUGGAUGGUGGGAGUUAAAAGAUUAAUUGCGGAAAAGAGGAGUCUUUCUUCAGAAGAGGAGGCCAAUGAAGGGAAAUCUACAGCCGCAGCUGAGCAGAACCAGACCGUGCCAGGCAUCCCACACACCCCAUAGUCCUAUGGGCUCCCGUCUUCUCUCACACCACUCCCACGCCUUGGCACGGGAGGCCUUCUCUAACUCUGCUCCCUUGUACCACUUGGGAGACUGCCUGUUCCAUUGAGGUCUUUGGCCUGACCCGUCUCUGGGCCACGGGGAGGUCACCUGUUCCCUAUACCGUAAGUUCAAUAAAAACAUCUCCAUGUGGUGGGCGCUGGGUAGGAGAGAUGAGCCCUUCCGAUGCCACAUCA